UCCACGGUCGGAGGAAUUGAACCCGGGUUGCACGCACCAGAAGCCGUCACGCUACCACUAUGCCGGUAGGGGGACAGUUUUCCCAAUCCACUUUUCCCAACGACUUUUUUCCCAAUGAACAUUUUUCCCAACGAACAAAUUUCCCAAUGGUCAUUUUUCCCAAAAUUUUUUUCCCAACGGACAUUUUUCCCAAUGAAAAUAAAAUUUAAAUUUUUAAUCACAAUGAACAAUUGCAAUCGUUGUCAAGACUAACUUCAUUGUUGUAUAUGAUAAAAAAGUCAUUUGUUAAUCAUAACCGUUAGAGUAAACUUGUAUCAAAGUUAUAAGUGAAAAAAUUCAAAUUUUUAUUAUGGCUGAAGCAAAUUUACAAGUAAUUUAUACCAAUAGAAGUGUCAGGCUUAGUAUUUCCGGAUUUUUGUAUUGCAAACAUUCAUCAAAUUCUAAACUCGGUCGAAUAUAUUGGAACUGCAAACAGAAAGGCGAAUGUCACGCACGAGCAACCACAUCUAGUGACUUAGAAAAUUUAUCACUUUUCAAAGGGCCUAAAGAAUCUCCUCAUGAACAUGCUCCGAACCGAGACGCUGUCGACGCUGAGCGAAUAGUGGCUAGGGUUAAAAGAGUAGCUGAAGAACAUCCGGAGUUACUUCCAGCACAAAUUAUACGUAGAGAGCUGCAAAAUGUCCCAUCAGGAAUCCUGUCAGAGAUGCCGGAACGGCCAAAUCUCCGAAAACAAAUUUCUCGUACUCGCUUACGGCAUAUGCCCAGUAACCCUAUUCGUAUCUCGGAUUUGGAAGAAAUUCCCGAACAUUAUAGGCAAACUCUCGGUGGAAAUAACUUUCUUUUAUACGAUUCUUAUCACGAUGAUGAAGAGGAAGAAGAUGUAACUCAAGUUGGUGUAAAUCGAAAACCGCAGACUGUUGGAUUGCCUUUUGUUCAUGCUCUUUUAGAAAAUAAACGGCAAUCUUCGUAUUUGAAAGUUUUGAAUAUAGUUUUAAAGGAGGGCAGAAAACUUAUACGCCAAAAUUUGAAGUUGCCAAUAUAUAUUAUGACUGAUUUCGAAGUUGGUAUAAUAAACGCUGCUAAGGAAGUUCUCGGUGAUGAUGAGGAUGAUAGAGUAAACUGCUGUUUUUUCCAUUUGAGUCAAAAUGUCUUUCGGCGCAUUCAGGCAGAAGGGCUCCAAGAAUUAUACGAGGAAGAGGACGAGGAGCUCGUUUGCGGUUCCAAUACUGCUCACCAACUUAUCCACCUCGAUUAUGGAACCAGUAUAAUUCUGUUUUGGAAGGAACGGCUAGAACAAAUAAUUUAUCAGAGGGGUGGCACAAUCGCUUCCAAUUAGUAGUUGGCAAGCAUCACCCAAGUCUGUUUGUUCUUUUCGAUGAGUUGCGAAAAGAACAAGCAGACACGGAAAUUAUGCUGCGCCAACUACAAAUUGGGCAGCGAAUAAGAAAAGGAUUAGACAAGCGAAGAAGAGAAACAGAAGAGAAAAUUUUGAAUAUUGUCGAACAGUAUAGCGAAUACGCACAGCGCGAAAACAUAUUUCGAUACUUAAAAACAAUAGGUCACUACAUUAAAUUUUAAAUCAAUUAAGACAUUAUUUUCUUAAUUCAUCAACACUAAAAACAGAACAUCUACACUUUUUUAUUUGUUAAUAAAUAAUUUUGGUAAUAAAAUUUAUUGUUGGGAAAAAUUGUCAUUGGGAAAAACGUCCAUUGGGAAAAACGACCCAUUUUUGGGAAAUUUGUUCAUUGGGAAAAAUGUCCAUUGGGAAAAGAGACGUUGAGAAACGCGGAUUGGAAAAACUGUCUACCAAUCCACUAUUCCAUCCUAGCCUCAAUGGACAGUUUUCAAAAACUGAUAUUUAAGUUGCAUAUACAUUUGAAGAAAAAUAUUUUCUU